AAUUUGUUAAUAACAUUGGAAUAAUUAUAUUAUUCUCUCUGAUAUUUAACUCGUGGUUGUUGACAUGAUGGAAGCGCUACAGUCGUGUCGCUGUUGUCUGCGGCGCUCCCCGGACAGGGAUAUGAACAUGCCAUAUUUACAUCUGAACAAAACUGAGAUAUAUUCGGUCAUGCUAGCAGAAUGCUUCGAUAUACAUUUAAUGGUUAGCAAGACUGACAUUGGGAUCUGUGAGGUGUGUGUGGGCCUCCUGCGAGAUGCCAGUGACUUCAAGUGUCAAGUGCAGCGCUGCCAGGAGGAGUUGCAGCAGCUGCAUGGAGACUGGAUGGUUAAAGAUGAAUCUAAGAUUAAACAAGAAAUAUCAGAUGAUGACGUAACAGAUGGUUUCGGACCCGAAGACUCCGGUGUAGAAUCAAACGUUUCGAAGCCAAUAGUAAAAUUGAUAGAACCCCAAAUAAUAAAAGUAGAGUGCACACUAAAAUUAGAGCCCGCGCCGCACGCGAGCCGGCAGUGUCCCGCGACAUCACGCCGCGAGCCGACCCGAGCCAAGAGUGUGGUGGACGCGACUGUCCGCGACGACCAACUCUACGAGUGCGGUACAUGCUGGAAACAGUUCACAAAGAAGAAAUAUUUAAUCGGUCACAUGAAGAUUCACAACGAAACAAAGACUUUCAUAUGUGAAGUCUGCACAAAACAGUUUAAACAUAAACAUCACUUGAUCGAACACACGCGUAUUCACACUGGAGAUCAGCCUUACAGCUGCGAAGUCUGUGAGAAGCGGUUUUCACAAAGAUCGUCUUUAAUUGUACAUAAGAGAAUCCACACUGGUGAAAAACCUUACAACUGUGAGAUAUGCAACAAAAGUUUCACACAAAGUUCAGCUUUACAUAUUCAUAAACGUAUCCACGGGGAGAAAACUUUCUUCUGUGAGAUGUGCGGCAAGGGAUUUUCUCUAAAGUGCAACUUUUCUGCGCAUGUACGUACACACACUGGUGAGAAACCAUAUGAUUGUAAAGUAUGUAAUAAACGGUUUAACGAGCAAUCUAGCCUUAAAAGACACACAAGAAUUCACACAGGAGAGACGCCGUACGCUUGCAGAACAUGUGACAAGAAAUUCAAAGAUUUUUCCAGUUAUAGUAAACACGAACUAAUUCAUACCGGGAAAAAGCCUUUCACAUGUGAUAUAUGUAAUAAAUCGUUCGGUCGCAAAACUCACCUAAAUAGGCAUAAGCAACUUCAUACAGGGGAGAAACGGUUCUGUUGCGAUAUCUGUGGAAAGCAAUUUACAGAAAAAUAUAUACUAGACAAUCAUAAAAUGGUCCACUCGAAAAAUCAGUCUUCUAACGACGAGUGACAAAAGCUUGGGCAUUAUGAUUCCUUUUUAAUUUAUUUGUUAUUGAAUUACAGUUAAUAUAUAACUUCUAA